CGCCCCGCCUCCUCGGAGCGGACUUCCCGCCGGCUCAGUUGCUGCCUGCGCCGCUUGUGUUGCUCGUGUGUCUUUGCGGCGCCGCUUUCCUUCCCGGCGAGGGAGGACUCGCGAUCGGACCGUGUAAGAUGUAGAAUGCUCCCGGUGCUGAGAGCCAAGCGGCAGCAGCCUCCUCCGCCGCUGCUCUGGACCGCCAAUGCCGAGCCCGCGGCGCCUCCGUGGAUUUGGAUGCUCCCCGGCGCGGCGGGGGGGAUCCUUCGCCUCGGGGGCGCCCCCCAUUCCGCCGGAGUGGUGCCCCCUCCUCCGUUGCUCCUCUCCUCACCUCCUCCUCCUCCUCCGCCUUUACUCCAAGGAGUUUCGGGAUGGCAGCUGCCCUGCGACCCUUUCCUGCCCUUGGUGGCCCCGGAGCCCCCUUCCGCCGUGGCCCAGCUCCCUCUGCUCAACGGACAGUGGAUGUUUGGAGCCCAUUCUCCUGUGAUAGGAUUUUCACCUUCUUCCAAUGUGGAGUUUGUUCCCCUUUUUCCUCAAGUAUACACAACUACUGUUCCUCCCCAUUCUGCAAAAAGAUGGAUAGAAAAGAGGCUACCAAACUGCAAGAUUUAUUUAAACAACGCCUUUGCUCUGGAUUCAGCAUGGAUACAUCCCGAGGAACUACCAAUCUUCCAGGGACAUGAAAAGCCUCUUGUUAUGACGAAUCAGGUCUCGGUGGCUUUAUCUAGGCCAGCAACUGCCCCCAGGCCUCUUCCUGCAGUGGUGUUAACACCCCAGUCAAUUCCAGGUGGUUGCCUUAAGCAAGCUGGAAGCAACCAGACUAUUGCAUUUGCAGCAGCCAUGUUGUCAUUAGAUGCUGACACCCCUCAGGGACCUUCAACAAGUCUCCAGCCAUGCCGUGUGCUGACCUUGUCACCAAUCAAAAUACCAGUUCUGACAUCACCUUUCCAAGGUGCUGCUUCUCGAAGGGAAACCCGGAUGACUCCUCUGAUGCCAACUCAGGUCACCAGGGUAGCAGCUAUCUCUUCACCAGCUGUGACAUUCAUGGCAACCAAUUUGGUGGAUCAGACAUUAACAGAUAAACACAAAGAAUCUAACAGGACACCCUGUCCACCGACCCUUAUUUUACAUACUGAAUUAAAAAAUAAACCAACAGAGAAUGAAGACAAGAAUCAUGCUUUAAAGCUACUCCAAGAUGAUGAUGGUGGUGCAAAUGGCAACAAACCUGUGGCAUCCACUCCAGUGCCAGGAUCUCCAUGGUGUAUAGUCUGGACUGGAGAUGACCGAGUCUUCUUCUUCAACCCUACAAUGCAGUUGUCAGUGUGGGAGAAACCUGUGGAUCUAAAGAACCGUGGUGAUAUUAACAGAAUAAUUGAAGACCCACCCCAUAAACGCAAACUGGAAGCUUCAGCAACGGAUAAAAGUGAUGGCUCUUCUCCAGAUGACAUAAGUGAUGACAGCAGUACCAAAACAAAGAGAAAUAAGCUCGAAGAUCCUCAGAAUGCUGAGCUAGACAAGGUCAAAGUGGAAGAGAAAAAUGUGAAAGCACCAGAACAUCAGAUUAUGCUUCCAUUGGAAGAACGCAUUACACAUUUUCGAGAUAUGCUUCUAGAAAGAGGGGUUUCUGCAUUUUCCACAUGGGAAAAAGAGCUACACAAAAUAGUAUUUGACCCACGUUAUCUUCUGCUGAACUCAGAAGAACGUAAGCAGAUAUUCGAGCAAUUUGUCAAAACACGAAUCAGAGAAGAAUACAAGGAAAAGAAAAACAAGCUACUACUAGCCAAAGAGGAGUUUAAAAAGCUGCUGGAAGAAUCUAAAUUAUCACCAAGAACAACGUUUAAAGAAUUUGCAGAGAAAUAUGGUACAGAUCAACGAUUUCGACUUGUUCAGAAGAAGAAAGAUCAAGAGCAUUUUUUCAACCAGUUCAUCCUUAUCCUUAAAAAGAGGGACAAAGAGAAUAGGAUAAGGCUACGGAAAAUGAGAUAAAAAGGAAAUCUGCCAUACAAAGGGGAGUCAAAUACUGUGCCGUCUACAGUGGAGGAAAGGAAUGGCAUGCAUUUUAUGUCAUCUUUUUGAGUUUCAAAUCCCAGCACUUUCAGGAAAAUCCAGAUAACCCCAAGAACCGCCACUGUUCAGGAAAAUUCUGUGACAGUACGUCCAAGGCUAUACUGCAGGAACCUGUAGGAUAUUUCAUUCUCAGAGACUUAAUGUUUCAUAUUGAAGCUCUUUUUUGUACAACAUUCGAGUUUGAUGCAUUUUUAAUUACCAUGAUAUGUCAAUCCCUUAAUUGUUUUAAUUAUGCAAAUUCCUUGUAAUAUACACAAAUUUGAAAUCCAAUGUGAUUUGUAAUUAAGCAGAAGCAGAUGUCAUCCAUAAUAACCUCGAUACUUUUUUUAACCAUUUAAAGAAAAAAUAUAUACAAGGCAGUCCUCCUAUGCACACUUACUCAGAAAUAAGGACCCAUUAAACUCAUGGAAAAUUACUUCUUAGUGACUAUGCUUAGGACUGACCUGCACAACAAUGUUUGGGCAGCUUUGUACAUUAACAGUUCAAAAGGUUCAGUGGUACUGAGGAUCUCAUUACUCAAUGUUCAUAGGUCUAAGUCUAGUUUUCUGAGUAGUAGUAGUAAUAGGGUAUUAACUGUUAACCAUAGUGAAGAGUGUGAAAAUCUUGGCAUAGUUUCCUGUAGAACAAUGUAUAAAUCUUUUUAACAAAUACUUUGUAAGUAAAUUAUUCUGGAUGAUGGUCCAAGCACACCGAAAAGAGCAGCACUUCUCUAUUAAAAGCUACUAUAAAGAAGUUAUUUUGUAAACCCAUCCUACUAAAAUUUGAGUUAUUUUUAUUGUAUGCGAAGAGUUUGCAUGAGAUUAGUCUCAUCUUUGUAUAAACAAAUAUUUUAACUUUUUUUUAAUUAAUAAAUAUUUUAAGACUA